AUGACAGCCGACCCGCCACUGACUAAUAGAGAAGCACACAUUGCCAUACUUGUUGCACUAAUACAAACGCUUGGUGCACUAUCUUCUCUCGGAGCUCAUCUCUAUCAGCCAAAUGAACAGCGCUGGAUGGCUCUUUCAUUGUACGAUCAUGUACUUAAAAUUCACGAUACUAGUCAGUUGGACCAGCAGACAGAUUUGUUUGGAUCUGACUUAUUGGAACCUUAUCCUACGCCUGAUUCAGACACUACAACCAAGAUGAAGUUUAUUAUCAGUGUGAUGAAUUUGCUGGACUUUAACGAUGAUUUGCGUACUUGGAUUCUUUAUCAGUUUAUUGAAGCAGGCGAUGAUAUCGAGGAUCAUUUACCGCCUUCGCUUACUGUUCAUCGACUUGACCUUUCUCAAUCCAACUUUUUUCGAGUUAUAGCACAUGCAGCCUUUGCUCUCGGAGCAGCUCAAUCAAAACAAGGAAACUUUCGCCACAGUUACCAUAUGACCCUUUGUAGUAUUACAAUCUACAAUGUAGUUGGUCGAGCUAGUCCUAGAGGAAGUGUUGAAAAAAUUACCGACUUGUGUGCAAAUCUUGUCUUUUACAAGGAAAUUGUCGAAAUAGCCUCGUGUAUGGGCGAGAUUGAUCAUGCCUUGGAAUAUGCCACAAAAUUGGUAGCAUUGCAUGAGAUUGCAGUUGCCGAGUCGCUCGAGGAUUGUAGUAAUGAGUCUAUUUGCAAAGAAAUGGAUCCUUUGCUUGACCCACCUGAAACUACCGUCAAGAACAUACAUUCCAGAAAAACAUCAAUCGAUCUAUCGGCUCAUUUCGAUGCACAAGUUCUUUUGGCAGAUAUUGCAGUCAAAGCCGAACAUUAUUCAACUGCCGUGCGCUCAUAUACCCGUGCUUUACAGUUGUUAGAUCUUCAGGAUACGAUUGCAAAUGAAUACAAACUUCAACCGCUGUCUACUGAUAAUGUGAUUGAGAUUCAGCGUCGCAGACGAACCAAAAAAGAUUUAUGUCUCAAACUGGUAAGCGCAAACCAAGAGUGCAUGGGUGAUGCCCUUACCUCUCUUUUAUAUUGCCGAAUAGCUUGCGAGUUAAGUUCGGCCGAGACUGGAAGCGAUAGCGGUAUUUCAACAGAUGAAGCCGACGUGCAAUCAGUUUUUUUGGCAGGUGUACUUGCAUACAAAUACGCGCUUCAGCUUGCUGGCGGGAUCGAAUUUGCUUCUAGUCCACCCGUUGCUAUAGUGGUCACUUCUAGUGCCGAAAAAUCAGUUUCAAUUCGAUUGAUUCUUGAUGAAUCAAUUAAAUAUCUACAUGAUGCACUAUGCAAUGCUACUUUGGAGGUUUCAGACCCAAACUCCAAGAGAUCCAUUUCCCUUCAGCUUGCAAUACUAUAUACAGAUAUCCGAGAGGAAGAAAAGGCACAUGCGCUAUUAAAAAAGCAUGCUUUUACACAGGCAGCACUUUUAGAAAUUGAUACGCAUCGACAACGCUCCAACUCUGUUCACACUAGCGAAGGCUAUUCACCAUCGCUUAUUGCGCCAUUCAUAAAUGUUGUAUAUUCGCAUGAUGUAUUCAAGCGACUUUUGAGUCUUGCGCCUGCAUCCGAUUCUGUCAAUUCUGUGGAAAAAAGUCUUACAUUGUCUUCCAACAGACGAUCUAAAAUAUACGGUAGCUCUUAUGUUUCUACAAAGACAAUUUGUACACACUGCUGCAUGACAUUUUCCAGUGACGAUCCAAUCAAGUGUGAGGAUUGUGCUACCCAACAAGUCUAUGUAUAUUACUGCACAGAGGAAUGUCAAAUAGAAAAUCGAUCAAUGCACGAGCAGAGUUGUGUUAAUAGACAGAAUUCUAAUUCUUCCGAGUUUUCCUUGACUGGCAUGACAGAAACUUUCAGUACGCUUCUUAAUGGCGGUUUAUAA